AUGGGCCCCUGCACGCCCUGCCAGAGGCUCUGGGCCGCGCUCGUUCCCACACAGGGCCGCCUCCUCGCGGCGCGACGCCCGGCCUCCCACCUGCCCCCCUUACUGCCGUCCUCAAAACAACAUCCCGAGCCCAUUCGAUCGACCGCCUCGCUCCCCAAUGCCCCCGAUUCCACCGCCGCCUCCAGCGACGCAAACCCUCGGCCCUCUCGCCAGCCCUCUGCGCGCGACGGCGACUACGCGCCGAAAUCCGUGUCGGAGUGGGUCGCGGCCAGCGGGGGCGACGCGAGCCGAGUGGAGGUGCGCGCUAGCAGCCCCGCUCGCGGCCGGGGGCUGUUCGCUAUGCGGGAGGCCUCCCCCGGCGACGCCCUGCUCCGCGUCCCCAUGCGCCUCGCCCUCGAGAUCUACCCAUUCGAGACGCUGGCGUCGGCGGUCCCGCCCCCCGGCGACCUGGCCGACCUGCUGGGCCCCGCCGCCAACGGCGCGCUCAGGCUGGCGGCCAAACUCCUGGCGGAGAAGGCCAGGGGACCGUCCUCCCCCUGGUGGCCUUACAUCGCCUCCCUGCCGGCAGCCCUGCCCAACCCCGCGUCCGCCAUCGCUGGGCUGGACGUUCGAGAUGUGGAGUACCGGCCGGUGCUGGAGGCCGCCUACGACCACGUGCGGCUGGUGGAGCUGGCCGGGGGGUGGGAGGGCCUGUGGCGCGCUGCCGGAGCGGGGAUUCCGGACAGAGGGGAGCUUCUGUGGGCGCUGGCCGUGGUGGAGUCGCGGGCGUUCGGGGACGGCUUCGGGCGGGACGUCCUGGUGCCCCUGGCGGACUUCAUGAACCACGGCGGGCUCGUCGGCAGCGCGGAGCACCCCGAGGCCAAUGUCACCUACGGCUGGCGGCGGCUGGGCCACGGCGCGGGCCCCGGGGCCUGGGAGUUCGUCGUGCAGGCGACGGGCAGCAUCGCGGAGGGCGGGGAGCUGCUGCUGGCGUACGGUGACCACGCCAACGAGGUGAUGCUUUUGUUCUACGGCUUCGUGCCGAUGUUCAACGCCUGGGACGACUACCGGCUGUUCAGCUCGCCGCGCGAUGCCUUCGAGUGGUGCUGGUCAGUGUUCCCGGGGGAGGUGGCCGCCGAGGGGGGCAGGGCGGCGCUGUUCGACCUGGCGAUGGACUGCGCCGCGGCGGACGCCGCGUUCGAGGUGAUGGACGGCGGGGAGCUGAGGGCGUGUGUGCUGCCCAACGCCGCCCUGCCAGGGCCGUUUCGACGGUUUCUUGAGGCCCUGUUCGGCGGCAGCGAGGCGGCGGCGCGGCGGGCCGUGGCGAGGGCGUGCUGGCAGCGCUUGGAGGGGCUGUCGCCGCUACUGGCGGACCUCUCGGCACUGUCCGGAGGGGGGCGCAGCGACGGCAGGGCGUUUGGGGCCAUGCUGGACCACUACUGCACCGAAAUAAGCGCUUACCUAGACAGCAUCGGAAUGGCCGACCACGCCGCGAGGCGGCGCGCCCUGCCGAGACGCGCCACGCGAACGGCACACGACUCUGGUGGCCCCUUGGCGAGUCAGAGCGACCGGGGGCUUGGAGCAGGAGCGCGCCAAGGCGGCGGAACCCGGCCUGUAGUUGAGGGGGCGUCCCCUUUGGUCGGGGAGGCUGCGACGUCCGGCGCCACUGGCAAUGACCUCGUGUUGAGGCUUGAUGCGCUGAAGAAGACAUUGUUAUGGGAUUUCGUUCUUGACGUGCGACCUUCGCGAUCCCAGCUGGGAUUGUGA